AUGAAGCUGAAACUGCCAAACUCAGGACUGGAUGGCCGGAUCCCCUCUCAUGGGGACCUGGAGAGGAUGGAGAAGGAGGAGGCCGAAGGGGACAGGCCCAAAUGGGACAACAAAGCCCAGUACCUGCUCACCUGUGUCGGCUUCUGUGUGGGACUGGGCAACGUCUGGAGGUUCCCUUACCUGUGUCAGAGUCAUGGAGGAGGAGCGUUCAUGAUCCCGUUCCUUAUCCUGCUGGUUCUGGAAGGAAUCCCGCUGCUGCACCUGGAGUUCGCCAUCGGUCAGCGUCUGAGGAAAGGCAGCGUCGGAGUGUGGAGGUCAAUCAACCCCUGUCUGACCGGAAUCGGUAUUGCAUCCUUGCUUGUCUCCCUUUUGGUGGGUAUGUACUACAACACCAUCAUGGCCUGGAUCAUGUGGUAUCUCUUCAACUCCUUCCAAAGUCCUCUGCCCUGGAGCCAGUGUCCUCUCAAUGCUAACAGGACAGGUGUGGUGGAGGAGUGUGCACGGAGCAGCACUGUUGACUAUUUCUGGUACAGAGAGACCCUGAACACCUCGACAGCCAUCGAUGAGUCUGGGGGCCUGCAGUGGUGGAUUGUGCUGUCCCUGGUAGCUGCCUGGAGUAUGCUCUAUGUCUGCUGCAUCCGGGGGAUCGAGACCAGCGGAAAGGCUGUGUACGUCACGUCCACUCUGCCAUAUUUGGUCCUCACCAUCUUCCUCAUCAGAGGUCUGACUCUGAAAGGUUCUCUAGAGGGGAUCAAGUUCCUCUUCACGCCAGACGUGAAUGAGUUAAUUAAUCCAGCAACCUGGCUGGAUGCAGGAGCCCAGGUUUUCUACUCCUUCUCUUUGGCUUUUGGAGGUCUCAUCUCUUUCUCCAGUUACAACUCUGUUCACAACAACUGUGAGCAGGACGCUGUUCUCAUCUCCAUCAUCAAUGGCUGCACCUCGGUGUACGCGGCAACGGUUAUCUAUUCCAUCAUCGGCUUCAGAGCCAUGCAAAACUUCGAUGACUGCAUCGGAGACAACGUCUUGACGCUGUUGAACGCCUUCAACUAUCCUGAAGACAGCAUCACAGGCAGCAACUACGAUGAGGUCCUGACCCACCUCAACCAAACACAUCCACAUGUCAUCCAAGGAUUGCAAAUACAGAACUGUGACUUGCAGGUUUUUCUCAGUCAGGGUGUAGAGGGAACUGGAUUGGCCUUCAUCGUAUUCACAGAGGCCAUCAUCAAGAUGCCUUUUUCCCCUCUCUGGGCGGUUCUCUUCUUCGUCAUGCUCUUCUGCCUCGGCCUCUCGACUAUGUUCGGCAACAUUGAGGGAGUGGUGGUCCCUCUGCAGGACCUCAGACUGUUGCCUCGAUCAUGGCCCAAAGAAGUCUUCUGCGGUCUGACUUGCUUAGUUUCUUUACUUCUCGGGCUAAUAUUUGCUCAGCGCUCUGGAAACUACUGGCUAGCCCUUUUUGACAGCUUUGCAGGCUCUAUCCCCCUUCUGGUCAUUGGGCUCUGUGAAAUGAUCUCUGUUGUCUACAUCUACGGCAUAGAUAGGUUUAACAAGGACAUUGAGUUUAUGAUUGGCCACAAGCCCAAUAUUUUCUGGCAGGUGACAUGGAGAUUCGUAAGCCCACUCAUUAUGGUCGUCAUCUUGGUGUUUUACUUUGUUACCCAAGUCACCAAGAAUCCCACCUACUUGGUCUGGGACGAGCAGGCGGAGAGUUUCCCAACCCUGGAGCCUCGUUCAUUUCCAUCCUGGAUCAACAUCAUCAUCUUCAUCCUGGCUGGAAUCCCAUGUUUAGCCAUCCCUGGAUUUGCCCUCUUCAAAUUCAUCCAGAUGAAAUGCUGCAAGCAUAAGGACUACAGUGAGAAGACAGUGGACAGCAUCUCCGCAGCUGUAACAAUGAGCGAGAAAAUUAAGUUUUAA